AUGAAAUAUUUAGCUGCUUAUUUAUUAUUAGUUCAAGGUGGUAACUCAUCCCCAUCUGCUUCAGAUAUUUCAAAUGUUUUAGAAUCAGUUGGUAUUGAAGUUGAAGAAUCAAGAUUAAAUUCAUUAUUAAAAGAUUUAGAAGGUAAAGAUAUCAAUGAAUUAAUUGCUGAAGGUAACACCAAAUUAGCUUCAGUUCCAUCAGGUGGUGCUGCUGUUUCAUCAGGUUCAGGUGCUUCAGCUGCUGCUGGUGGUGCAACUGAAGAAGCUGCUGAAGAAGAAAAAGAAGAAGAAAAAGAAGAAUCUGAUGAUGAUAUGGGUUUCGGUUUAUUCGAUUAA